AUGAGCUUAAACAACGGUUCCGGUUUCAAGGUCGAGCCUUUCGAUGGCUCGAACUAUGGGUUGUGGAGUUACAAGAUGAAGAUGUACCUGAUGUCGAAGGGGCUGUGGGGCGCGAUAGCGGGCGAUGAGACAAUGAGUGAGGCCAAGGAACAGCAAUCCCACGCCGCGAUCGUGCUUAAUCGGAGCGAUUCGCAGCUGAUGCAUGUCAUCGACUCUGCCACUGCAAGAGAAGUGUGGGGACAUUUGGCGCGGUUUCAUCACAGGCAUGACAUGGCGAAUCGACAUUGGCUGAAAGAACUGUUGGCCUCGUUCAAGUAUGCAGCAUCAAGCAUAAGCGGUCAUGCGAUGGAGCUGGAGGACCUCGUGAAGCGCGCGAACUGCGGUCCAAGUGAAGAAGACGUGUGCGCAGUACUGUUGCGGAGUCUACCUUCAAGCUUCGAGAGCUUGAAUGAGGCUGCACGGGUAGAAGAUGCACCGGCUCUCUACACAAGCACGAGGAAGAGUAAGCAGUACCCGAAGAAGCAAAAAGGACGGCGCGCGAAAGGACCAUCACGGACCUGCAACAACUGUGGCAAGGUCGGACACUACACCAGAGAUUGUCGCUCCGGUCGAGGGCCAAGGGAGCAACAACAUGACCAGUCGAACGUCGCGUUCAAUGCCUGCGAAGGUUUCGCGAGCGACAGCUGGGUCAUGGACAGUGCGGCGUCAGCACACAUGUGCAAGGAUCGAGAUGCGUUCGAAGAUUACGAAGAAGUGCAUCAUGCGCGCACUGCGCGUCUGGACAGGGAAUGCGUGGGUCGAGCUCGCCUUGAGAACACACUUCACGUUCAAGAUUCGUCCAAGAACCUGUUUUCGCUCACGGCUGCAGCAGCGCGCGGCAUGACAGUGGAGAUAACGCGCAACGAGUGCGUGGUGAAGCGUGGCAGGAAACCCGUCGCAACAGGACGGAAGCAGGAUUUCCUACUGUAUCUCAAUGCUGACUAUUGUACGGAGUGCCACAUAGCCGAAGACGAGACUGAGCUAUGGCAUAGAAGACUGGGCCACGUGUCGUAUGGUACUCUGAAUGCCAUGGUUAAUGAAGGACGGAUCAAGGGCGCUGCGGUGAAGAGGAACGUUGCGUGUGACGUAUGCGCAGCGUCAAAGCAAGUGCGCAAGUCAUUCAAGACAAGUGAAGAAGACGCUGAAACCAGGGAGAGUUCGCGUUCCGACGUGGUGGUGUGCUUCGACGUUCUCGGACCUAUCACGCCAGCGUCUAAGUCUGGUUUCAGUUAG